AUGGAAAAUGAAACUCUAAAAGAAAAACUGUGCGAAACUAACAAAUACAAUAGAGAACUGAAAAAGGAAAUGGAUGAGCUGAAAGAUCUAGCUACUUUUGCAACAGUGAAAGCUAACUAUAAUGAGCAAUACAGCAGAAAAAACAAUAUUAAAAUUUACGGGGUUCAGGAAACAGAAGGCGAGGAUAUUAUAGAGGUCGUGAAAUCUGUAUUGAAAGAGAAAGGGGAUGUAGAGGUAAACGAACGUGACAUUGUAGCAGUUCACAGAAUACCUGGAACCAGGGGUAAAGCACCAAAACCCAUUCUUAUGAAGAUGGUAAUUAACGACAAAAAGGCCCACAUAAUGCGAAAGCGAUCAAUAGUGAAGGAGGCCCCCGGAAACAUUCGACUGGGCGACGACGUUACCAAGGAGAAUAGCGAGUUGAUCGCGCGUCUGUUGGACAGUGAGGGUGUUUCAUCGGCAUGGUAUUUCAAUGGAGCGGUUUAUGCACAGGUGAAGAAAAAACGAGUGAAGUUUGACAUUCUUGAUGACAUCGCACACAAGGUAAAUAAUAUCCGGGACUAA